AUGACCCUUUAUACCUCAAUUAGAUUCAUACCUAAUGUUUCUCAAAAUUUAAGCUAUCAAACUAAGCCCCUUUUCUACUGGCUUACUGUUAUUUUCAAUAGAGUCGAUAAUGACCGUAUAAAAGAAGUUGGUCCCGAUCGUGCUUGUGCAGAAUGGCUUUUAAGAAAUGGAGCAAGUGUAAGAUGGAAAGGAUUUAAGGAUUCAUUACAAGAUUAUAAUUUAUUACCAUCUGGUGGAGGGUAUUUUAUUGAAGCUGUAGAUGCAAAUAAUGCUGGAAUAUCUUAUGUGGGAUUUCCACAUUUUAAGGGAUGUAAUCAUAUAAAAGAAGUAAAAUUUGAAAAUUGUAAAUAUAUUGAUAAUGUAGCUAUGUCAAAGUUAUCAAUCCUAAAAGACACAUUAACACAUCUAGAAGUUAUUGGUUGUACAAGUGUUGAAGAUGAAGGUCUACGUAAAUUGAAAAUUUUGCAAAAAUUGGAAACAUUAAAAAUUAAAGGACUGCCAGCUGUUGAUAAUUCUAUUUGCAAAGAACUUGCUGAAGCUUUACCAAAGUGUAAAAUUUCAUGUUUUGAACCAAAAUAA